UUAAUUAAGGGUAUUUAGCUAAAUGGUUCAUUUAGCUAAAUGGUUGCAAAUGAAUGGCAAUCCAACACUUGAUGAGUUAAAAACAGCUUUAAAGGAAUUGAAUAGAAUGGAUCUAAUAAGAAAAGCAGACGAAUUCACAAGAAAUCUUCUAAAACUAGAUUUAGUCAUGGGUACAGUAACAGUUCAAGAGACAGGAAUUUAUUAUAUUUUUGUAAAUCUUGCUAUUGCUCCUGAUUUGAAUAAUUAUCCAAUGGAAAAAUGCUGGAUCAAAAGGAAUGCUGGAUCAAAAGGAAUGCUGGAUCUUCUUUGUGUCUCUGUUUUUAUGACUAGUUUGGUUGCAUCACUGAACUUUUACAACUUAUACAAGAACUUUUACAACAAAGAUGAAGUUUUCCAAAUAUCACCGAACAAAAAGAUGUCAUUCGACUUCAAUCAUUUGACAAAUAAUAUUGCGAUAUUUUAUUUAUAUUAUACGCUAAUAGAAGCUUUCGAGUUAUUCAAGGAAAAACAUUAACACAUUAAAGUUCAACUUUUGACGAAAAUUUGCGACCUUCGUCCAGGCAAUGUAAAAUCUGUAACAAAUUUUCUGCAUAAGGUUUGUGUUUGUAGUUUGCAGGAAAUUACGGUAAUUAAAGUUGACUGGUCUGAAAACAUUAGGUGUUUCCAAAAAAGUGAACCACUAGAGGCUCAUUUUGGUCAAAACAAAAUUUAUAUCAUGAUCUUAGCAGUCUGGAAACAAGUAUUGAAAAUCUCUUUGUAAAAUUUUUGUUGACAUUUUAAGCCUAUUUUAGAAUUUUUCUUGAAUUUCUAGCAAUCUCUGAUAGACAAAAAUUGAACU